AUGGGCCUGAUGAAAUGCCCCGGGCCAGAUGCGCUCGGAACACCGUUGGACGCAGAGCCUGCUUACCUCUCAGUUCUCAGCUACAACCUCCUCGCGCCAGCAUUUGUACGACCUGUUGAUCUUCGGACUGGAGCCGUGCAGCCAUUCGCAGCAUUCGAGUGGGCUUCCACAGAGGAUCUCGAGUGGGAUCUGCGGAGGAAGCGGCUGCUGAAGCAACUCGAGAGCUGGCGCGCUGAUGUCAUCUGCCUUCAGGAAGUUCAGUUUGAGGCUUCGCCAGAUGGCUCUUUUCUGCUGCCAACCUGGCUUCAGGGGCUUGAGAACUACUCGGCGUGUAUCCCUGCAGAGAAGUACCUCACACUCAUCGCAGAGCGAAACGAGCGCGUCCUGGCAAACAGGGUUGCCAUUGGUUGCGCAGUUCUCUUCCGGCGCGACCGCCUGGUGCAACCAGACGAGGAGGGUUUGCGCGGGGACCCCAACACACUCGUCUCGGCGUGCUUGCAGGGCUGCCCGGAGUCACCGCUCGCGGCCUUAGGUAAGACGGCCUUCUUCUCAGUGCACCUUGAUGCACAGAGCGAGGAGAAGAGAGUCGAGCAACUGCGCAAGUGCCUGGAGCGAGCUCGUGCUCUGGGCACCCGGCACGUGGUGUUUGCCGGAGACCUGAACACCGAGUGCCGCCCUGGAUCAUGCAUUGCGGCCUUUGUCUCAGAUGAGGCCCCCUCUGACGAGGACAUGGUCCGAGAGUGCGCGUCAGCCCUGCGGAUUGUGGGCGGCGAGGACGGAGACGAUGAGGUGCCUGUGAGCAGCAAAGAGACGGCCGGGGGGGACGGCGAACCGUCUUCUGAGCAGCUGGAGCAGUGGCGGCUGCUCUGGCAAAAGGCAGCGCAGUCGCGUAGUGAGCACCGCAUCAGCCUGUCGCGCGUGCCCACUGGCCCGACACGCUCCGCGUAUGACCACGGCAAAUCUGAGGGUCCCUGCGUCACCUGGCGACUUGAUCACAUUCUGCACAGUUCAGACACGCUCCAGCUCCACCAGCUGUGGACAACUUUGGAGGCGGACGAUGCUGCCUCAGCGAGCGGUCUGCCGAACAAGGAGAACCCCAGCGACCACCUUCCUGUAGCGGCUGUCUUCCAGGCCAUCUCUCACCAUGGAAGAGGUUUUGGGGUUUAG